UUUGCGCACGCGCGAGGAGGUGGCGGCGGCGAUGGCGUUCGGGUCUGGCGGCAGGCUGGGCGCUCGGGCCGGCAGGCUGGGCCUCCCCUUUCAGGCCGCAGAACCGCUUUCCAGGCGAGAGGAGCAGUCCGACGGCGGCUGGGCGCAUGCGCGCUACCCCGGCCCGUCUGCAGGUGGCGGUGCGCGCCGCGGGAGCAGCGAACUCGGAGUCUCUCGGGUGCCCCUCCUGCGCCCCAGCGGUUGGCAGGGCCUAACCGGAAGCUCUAGGUCUGCCCAGGGCCGGAAGCCGGAAGCGGCGGAGGCCGACUCUCUCGGCCAACCGCACCAGGGCGGCGGGCGGGGCGAGAGCGGCUCCGGCCCGAGGGGAGCCAUGGGGAAGCGGAGGAACGGCUUGCCGGACAGAUGGACUGAUUAUCUGCCUCUUGGAAAAAGAAUGCCCGGGACGCGCUUCAUUGCCUUUAAAGUUCCUCUUAGGAAGAGUUUUGAAUGGAGGCUUGCCCCAGAUGAGCGCUUCUCUCCCUCAGAUCUUAUCACUCAAGUGAAAGAGCAAAAAGAGGAACUUGGUUUGAUCAUUGAUUUAACAUACACAACACGCUACUAUGAGCCAAUGGAGCUACCAGAAAUGCUACAAUAUUGUAAAAUUUUAACAGUUGGACACGAAGUACCUAAUAAUGCUAUAGUUUCUAAAUUCAAAAGCGCUGUGAAAAAAUUCCUCAAAGAGAACCAGCAUAAUGACAAACUUAUUGGAGUCCACUGCACACAUGGCUUGAAUCGAACAGGUUACCUUGUUUGCAGAUACCUUAUUGAUGUUGAAGGAAUGGAUCCAAACAUAGCAAUAGAAUUGUUCAACAGAUGCAGGGGACAUUCUAUAGAGAGAAAGAACUAUAUUUCUGCUCUUCAAAAAACAUCUGGAACAAGGAACCAUCAUAUGGCUUGGAUGAAAGGGCAUGUUGGUCAUAUCCCAAAUCCUGAUUAUGAAGUUGCUGACUAUGAACCACAAAACUGGGAACACACACCAAGGCAUUUUCCAUUUAGGAGAGGUGGACGAAACCAAAGAAGGUAAAUUGCAGAGGACUCAAAACAUCUGCAGAUAAAGCAUGUAUCUCUGGUUGGUCUUAGAUGAAGAGGACAUCUGCUCCAGGGGUGUUCAUGUUGUACCACAAUAGGCAGUCAUAAAUUGUCAUGAUUUGUGUAAUUUAAAACUGCAUUGUUAUCUUGAUUUGGCAUAACUAUUUCUAGAGUAAGGGUUUCUAGUAUCCUUUUUCGACAGUGCUCAGGUGUGAGAGAAAGUAUGAUUCCUGGAAUAAAUGUUUUCAUGGACUAAUUUUAAAAUAAAUACUGGCUUUUAUGCUUAUCCAUGAGCCGUGGUGGUACAGUGGUUAGAUGCAGUAUUCCAGGCGGACUCUGCCCACUGCCAGGAGUUCAAUCCAGCUCAAGGUUGACUCGGCCUUCCAUCCUUCUGAGGUCAGUAACAUGAGGACCCAGAUCACUUGGACUUCAGUAAGUUGUAGACCACAACCUACUACUUGAUAAGAUAGAAAAAUGUGGGUUAGACAGCAUCACCACCAGAUGGAUGCUUUUUAUUUAAGGAGACAUUCUCAAAUCUGGAACCAGAAUCUCAUCACCUGUUACAGUGAAGGGAACCAAGCUUACAAUCCACAACACACAGCCAACAGCGUACAUCAGAGAUCAGGUCAUAAUGUCAGGCCCAGCAAUAAGCUGUUCUUCUCCCAGCAACAAUUUCAAGGAUAUCAAAGACCCUCUUUUCAAGAACUCAACCCUCAUGGCUCUUCGUAGCAACAUAGAAGUCAAAUAGACAAACACUACUGGAUCCCUUAAUCAUGAAAAAAUAUUUGGCAAGAAAAGAUAAUCUGUGGAAUUGAUCUUUAAAUUACACCAUUGCUGUUUGGAUAGAAUGCUUCCUGAGUUGCAUCUAAUUGCCACCUCAUCAUUUAGUUGCCUUUUUGGAAGGAAGAGGAGGAAACUGGAAACCUGAUACAUAUUUCCAACAGAAGGAUUCUGUUAAAGAUAUUCAAUUAAUUCACUCAGAAUGUUUUCUUCUUAUAUCAUUUGAAUAAAUAUCUUUAGAUAUUGCUGUUUAGCUAUUAAAUAAAAUUUAUUGUUCCUUAAUACAGUACAGUGUACUAAAAA